AUGGGCAUAUCAUCUCGUCUACGCUUGGUUGGACGAGAUUCGAAUCCAUCUGUGCAUCCAUCCAUCCUACUAGCUCCCUGUGAUGUCGGGCGGAGGUCUAUAUUUGUUGAAGCUUCUCGUACGACAGACGGAGAGGACUGGUAUCUACUUCCAGCAAUCGCACUUUCAGAUCUUGGUUCGCAUCGUGACAGUGUACACGGAGAACAAGGAGUGUAUGCGCUACUGGGAGAUAGUAGUCAGACACUCGAGCGGCCCGACUCAGAGUCCAGCCAACGUCAUCGCGCGGUAUAUUUAGGCGCUCUCCCCCAGUUUCCCUCAAGACAUUCGCCACCUCCCACACUGGACUCGACGUACCCCGUUUUCCCUCCAGUCCCCCCGACUGAAUUUUAA